AUACGCCAGCCUGUCGCCAUCCUAUUCCCUUGUCUGUGUCUCCCUUCAACUCUCUCACUUUCGUUGAAACAACCGUUUCUCUCCAUCCAUAUUCUCUUUUUUUAAGUGAUCUCAUCAUUUAGAAAGGCCUGCCCUUUCUCUCCAUUAAGAAUCCCCUUCUGUGAUCUUAUAGUUUUGACAAAAAAGGCCUUUAGAUUCCCUGUUUCCUCGCUAUUUCUCCUCUCAAACCCCCUCCCAUUAAAGAGAUCCAUCCACUGUGAAAACCCAUCAAUUCUUAUAAAACCAUUCGGUUCCAAACCUGUGAACUCCCUCCCUCACGGAAAAGAACCAAUCUUUGAGAUAAUCUCAGCAUUUCCUAGUUACCCAUUCCAUCACAACUCUCAUCUCAUCAAAAAAAAAAAAAAAAAAAUCCCAUCUUUGACGGAAAGGCACCAUUUGUGCCCAUUACAGAGGCCCCUCCUUUGAGGAAAACCUUCACGAUACCUCCUAAGACGAAACUUCUGACCAUUUUCUAGGAACCUAUUCCAUCAUCAAUUUCCGCAUAUUAAAAAGAUCCCACCUUUGACAGAAACAAACUAGUUUCCAUUCGUUUCCAAUCAGAAGAUUCAGAACUCCACCAAAAAGUUUGGUUUGUUGGGAAAGACUCACCAUGUUCUAGAAAAUCCAUACCAUCGCCAAUCCCGUUCCACCGGAAAAAUCCCACCUUUGAGAGAAACCCAUCAGUUGUUUGUUUUUUUGCCCAUUCCUACCAGAAGAAAGAGAAGGGGUUGAUAAGAAAAUCAAAACCCCCUCUUCUUCCCCCACAAACCUAACCCAAUCCGUUCCUCCUUGAAAAAAUUCCACCUUUGAAUGAUGCCAACCUCCAAAACUCUAUUGGUUUUCCUCCUGAUCUCUUCCCUUUCCCUAUCAUUCACAGAGGCCCUGGUCUCCGACGCCCCGUCGGCCUAUGAGAUGCUGGAGAGGUUCAGUUUUCCCAAGGGGAUCCUCCCAGAGGGCGUGCGGAGCUAUACACUGAACCAAGAUGGAAAUUUUGAGGUAUUUCUGAGUGGAGACUGUGAGUUCAAGGUGGAUGGUGGAUACUUGUUGAAGUACCAAAAGAAGAUCACAGGGAAGGUGGAGUCUGGCUCGCUCACCAAUUUGAGAGGGGUAAAUGUUAAGGUCGUCUUCAUGUGGUUUGGCAUUAAUGGAGUGGUGAGGAGUGGCGGAGAUCUAAAUUUCUAUGUUGGUCCACUCUCUGCAUCGUUCCCCCUCUCCAACUUUGAAGAGUGCCCGAAAUGCCACUGCGGCUUUGACUGCACCGCCGCCGCCGCCCUGGUAUCAGAUUCUUAGGCCUGCACUGUUGGUUCUGAUCUUUGCCUUCUCUCUUCCCUUGCCCUUUGCAUUGUUUGCUUUGUAGGUUGAGGAUUUGAUGGAGGAUGGUGUAUCUGUUAUUAUUGCAAUUCGAUUGUUGAAUUGAAUAAAGAUUAUAUGCUCCCAUGAUCUUGUUAUUAAAGUUAUACUGCAAAUUGUUGACUUGGUAUUCAUCUGUUUGAGAUGCAAUUGAAGAAUUCAUGUAUCCUUUUUAUUUACCUUAAUUGUAUUGGGUUUUGAUGGAAGGAUAGAUGGAUAUACAUUGGAACUA